GUGUACCGUGUAGAAUUACAGAACUGUGCCGCCUAUCGCAGCUGUGCCGCUUGUCUGGCCGCCCGAGAUCCCUACUGUGGUUGCUGCCCUGUGAUCGCACAUGUUAGUCCCUCGGGAGUUGAAAGUCCCACCGCAGCCUACCGGAGACGUGUUGGCUCUUCAAAGGAUCCCCUCGAAGCCACUCGUUACCGACCCAACCCCCUGAUUCUCCAGCUCAGUCGCCUUCUGGCUGACAAGCUGAAGACCGCCCUACGUCUCAUUGUUCCCGGUGAGGUUAUUGAGCAGACGGACGCCAGUCUGCUGUUCAAUUCCGAUGAGGUGCAAUGUUCUUCGCCUGAUCCGGCUCGGCUACCACCACUGCCUGAUGACGAACGUGAGUCCCCUCGUUUUCUCCGCCCUCCUAACACCACCUUUGACACUGUUUACUUACAGACAUUGCCACCUUAG